CCAACUGGCAAGAUGUCGCGGCUUGGAAUAAUACUACUGUUGCUGUUGCAAGUGGUGCUGAAUUCUGGCAAACCGCUGCCUGCAAGUGUCUACGAUCCGGAAGAGGCGGCUGGCUUUGUGGAGGGCGACAUGAUGCUGACGGCGGAGCAGCAGAGGAGUCUGGAGCAAGGUCCCAAGGCUCGCAAUGGCCUUAUCAACACCGAAAAGAGAUGGCCCAGCAAUGUGGUGGUCUACAAGAUAUCCGAUGACUUUGAUGCAGCGCACAAGAGAGCCAUCCAGACUGGCAUCAACACCUUGGAGUCAAACACCUGUGUAAGGUUCAGGGAAGCCACCGACGCGGAUACGGCCUAUCUUACUGUAACAGCCAAGUCCGGAGGUUGCUACACCGCAGUGGGCUACCAGGGAUCGCAACAGGAAAUGAAUCUGGAGGUUUUCCCUCUGGGUGAGGGAUGCUUCCGGCCGGGAACCAUCCUACACGAGUUCAUGCACGCCCUAGGAUUUUAUCAUGAGCAGAGCUCGGCCCUCCGUGAUGGUUAUGUAAACGUGAUCUACGACAAUAUAGUGCCCGGCAAGGAGUUUAAUUUCCAGAAAUACGCCGACACUGUUGUGACCGAUUUCGAAGUGGGCUACGACUACGACAGCUGCCUGCACUAUCGACCGGGAGCCUUUUCCAUCAACGGUGAGGACACCAUAGUGCCCCUGGAUGCCAGCGCUCAAAUUGGUCAGCGCGUUGGCCUUAGCGCCAAGGAUAUCGAUAAGAUCAACAUUAUGUACAAGUGCCCGAUUCUGCUGUGAUCCAAAAUCGGUUGGACUGUGUACCUAGUCAAUUGUGAUAUAUAUACAAAUAUGUAUAUUUUUCAGCCACCGACUGAAGCGAUUAGAUCGGUUUUAUUGAUCUACGCUGUCAUUGUCAGUGCGGUCUGUACUAUUUAUAAAGAAGUGUAAAUUAAAGCUAUAUAUCUCUUUA